UUGGCUGGGCCAAGGCCACGUCCUUCCUGUAAGUCCUCUUUUUGAACUGGAAGGUCUGUAUCCCAGCACAGCCCCGAUAUGCCAGCCCGAGCAAAGGCCGCCUCUGCUGGGCCAGGUACUGAGGGCACAGCUGCGAGGCCUGACCUGGCUGCCCAGAGCCCCGGCUAACCAGGUGCUUGCUGUCACAGCAGAUGUCCAUGGAUAUAGCGUUUAGUUUGGGUUGUAGGUUUGUAGUUUCGCUUUUCUUUUCCCCUCUUUUGUCUUUUUCAGCAGUAUCGGAGGGCAUAGUUAAUCUGUGCAUCUCACGCCUCAUCCUGACUGCUGGCUUUGGAAUGGAAGCAUUAGGGUUGUUGGUUUUUUAAAUUUUUUUAUUCGUGUUUUGUCUGUAUGUCUAUAUGAGGGUGUUGGAUGCUAUAGUUACAGUUGUGAGCUGCCAUGCGGGUACUGGGACUUGAACCCGGGUCCUCUGGAAGAACAAUCCAUGCUCUUAUCCACUGAACCAUCUCUCCAGCCCCUCAUUAGGGUUUUUUGUUUGUUUUGUUUUGUUUUGUUUUGUUUUGUUUUGUUUUUGAAGUAGGGUCUCACUAUGUAGUCCUGUUUGACCUGGAACAAAGUUUUGGGGUUUGUUUUUGUUUUUGUUUGUUUUCAUUAAAAAAAAAAAAAGUUUUAUGCUGGGCUGUGGUAGCAAACACCUUUAAUCCCAGCACUUGGAAGGCAGAGGCAGGUGGAUCUCAGGGUUUUAAGGCCAGCCUGGUCUACAAAACAAGUUCUAGGACAACUGGGGCUAACAGAAAAACCCAGUCUCAGAAUAAUAACAACAUUUUGUGUGUGUGUAGGGGGGUAUGUAUGUCAGAAAUCAGCCUACGGGAGUCAUUUCUCUCCAUCGCCAUGUUGGUUUUGGGUUCCUGGGACCAAACUUAGGUGUUGAUGCUUGUUAGUCAUAACCUUCAUCAUCUCGUCAUUGAGCCAUCUCACAUCCUAAUCUGGAAUUCUUGUGAUCCUCCUGCGACCUCUGCCUCCAGUGCUGGGAUUGUGUGCUUGUGUGCACACAGGCGCUCUUCCUUAAUCUUCCCUGCCAAAGCCUUUUUACCAUACAAGGUCACAAAACAAGACAAGUGAGUAGCCAAACACAACAAGUGAGUCUCUGAUGCUCACCCAGGCUGAACGUGGAGGCCACAGGGAAGAGAAGUGGGUGGAGGAACAGUCAGAAUGGCCUAGGCUUUAUUGCAGUAGCCCGGUAUCUGCGGCUAUAGCCAGCUGUUGAUCCGUUUCACAAGCCAAGGUCUUCCUCCUCUUCCCCCCUCUCCCCCCUGUUCAUUACUGCUGCCCAGGGAACUGGGCUGAUGGAGGCUGUCUUCAUCCAUUUCUUUUUUCCUUGUAUGUUACGGUUUGUUGGUAGUGUCCUCUUUGAUGGGGGUUUGUCUAUUUGCUUGGUUUGGUCUUGAACUCCAUCUCCUGGUUGGACUUCUAUGGCACCAAAGAUGACCUUGGAGUCCUGAUCCUUCUGCCAGGGGGAUGGUAGGCACAAGUCAUCAGGCUCAACUUACUAGUCCAUUUUCUGUGGCUGUAACUGAUUGCCACAGGCUGUCACUUGCCAAGAAUAAAGGCUUCAGCACAUGGGGCCCCAUCUGGUUGGCAUUUGCCAGGCCUUUCUGGCGUGAUAAUGGGAUUGAGGGUAUCUCGUGGUAUGACAGCUCUUCAGAGAGGUCUUGACAACAAAGCCUCUCCCCCGUUUUCAUGCUGUGUGUGUUAGUUAUGGUUACUGCUGCUGUGAUGAAGCAGCGUGACAAAAGCAAGUCAGGGGUCCAAGUCACAGUCCGAGGAAGCAAGCCCAAGCAGGAGCUGAAGCCUGCCAGGAGCCUGGAGGUGGCCGCUGAUGCAGGGGCCACGGAAGAGUGCUGCUUUCUGACUUGCUCCUCGUGGCUUGCUCAGCCUGCUUUCUAAUAGAACCCAGAACCACCAGGCCAUGGGUGACACCACUCACCGUGAUUGUGCCCUCCCAUUGUUCCAGGCCAGGGCUACACAGUGUUUCUUAGUGAGACUGUCAAAAAGAGAGUCUGACUAAGCCUGGCAGAAUUAGAACUCAAUGUCCCAAACUGUUCUAGAACUUACAGUGAUUCUCCUGCCCCAGCCUUACAGUGCUAAGAUACCAGGCCCAGUGUAUUACUCCAUUAAAGCUCCACCCGGAGAUAGCAGCAACGGGAAUGUGGGGGUUAAGUUUCCAACACAUGAAAAAAAUUAGGACAGGGUCACCACAACACAAGCUCACUUCCCUCACAUCCAUUUCCAAGCCUCUUGGGCUUCUCCCAGGAGUAACCUUCAAUUUCCACUCUCAAGUCAUUAGCCAAAGCAACAAUAGAAGCAUGUCAGAAUUUCCAGAGGGGACAUGGGUGCUGCGGGAAAGGCUGGGAACAGGCUAGAGAUGUAGAUGAACCAAAGAAGAGAGAGAACACUGAACAGGUUUGGAGGUGUGGGUGAGCAGCAGAGCUGCCUAGAAUCCACCAGUGAGAGCCUGGGGCAUGGCUCAACAGCAGAAAGCAUGCCUAGUGUGGGGGAAGUCCUGGUUCAAUCCCCAGAACUGCACAAAAACAAGACACCUUGCACUUUGUCCAGCUUACUACCUCAUCUCCCAGAUUAGGGCAGAAAAACUUCACCUUAUAGGGUCUGAGGGGCUAGCUCUCACAGGGACAAAGCCAGCACUAGUGUGACACCUGUUGAUUGGAUGUGACAAACCCCCUGAAGUGCUACACAGAGCAGCUUUGGUGCUCUAAGAGCAACACUGCUCAGCAAGCUAACCAUGGCUUGUGCACCCCACUAUCUGUGCCUCAGCAGUGGGGACGCAGAGCGCAGGGGAGCCGGGUGGAGUGUUGGUUUUGUGGUCCAGGCUGGCUGAAGGAUGGUUUUGCUGGGUUUGCAAGUGUGCUCCGUGUCCGCCAUGCUGGAGAUGGAAUCCAGGGUUUCCUGUAUGCUAGCCAAGCACUGUACUAUCUAUGCCCUAGGAUCUUGAGGGCCCCAUACAUUAUCUAAGUUGACCCUAAAUCCAAGAGCAAGCCACUUGUGACAGAGAAGACACAGCAGAGGCAAUGUGCAGGGGUGUGGGGAGACUGGAGAUCAGAGCAAGGGAAGUGGCACCCAACCAAGCAUGCCAAAGGCCCCGGGAGCUGACUGUUCUAAGGCUUGCUUCCCCUGGGUCUGGCAGAGAGAGCAUAGCCAGCUGGACUCCUGCUUCUAGACCUGAUGGGGAUAAACUUUUCUUCCCCCUGAGACAGGGUUUGUCUGUGUAGCCCUGGCCAUCCUGGAACUUACUCUGUAGACCAGACUGGCCUCUGCCUCCUAAGUAUUGAGGUUAAAGGUGUGUGCCACCACCACCUGGCUGGGGAUAAACUUCUGCAGUUUUUAGCUACUCAACUUGUAAUCUUUUGUUAAAUCAGUAGGAAGCUAACACAAGAGUUAUCUCACGAGCCAGGCUCAGUAGUCCCAGCAGAGGCAGGAGGAUCUCUGUGAGUUCCAGGCCAGCCUGGUCCACAAAGUGAGUCCAUGACAGUCAAGGCUACAGAGAGGAACCCUGUCUCAAAACGCACGCACACGCACACACACACACACACACACACACACACACACACACAGAGUCAUCCCAGAUCACUGUGGUUGAAACAAAGAGCUGCAGGGACUGUGGGUCCAGUUUGUAAGCUUUGGUGAAGAUUGGGAGUCCUGAGACCAGCAGCAGCAGCAGCAUCCGGCCUUUGAGAUGGGGUCUCGUGGUCUCAUGUGGCUAGGCUGAAACACAGGAGAGAACUUUUUCCAGGAUUCAGAAUUCACAUUGGAGCCCUAGUAGAAAGGCAAAGCCCCUGGAUCUUCCAACAGGUAGGUGAGCUGUCACUCAAACUCACACCCACAAGCAGUACCACAGUUGGCCUCUUUUUUGCUUUAAAGUUGUGUGUAUAUGUGUCCUCACCGUUGGGCUGCACAUGAAGGUCAGAGAGCGGCCUUUAGAAGUGGGCUUUCUCUUCUCCGUGGGUCCCAGGGAUUUAAUUCAGGUUCUCAGGCUUCAGAGUUGGCACUUUUACCUGCUGAGCCCUCUUGCCAGCAUUGGUGUGGUUUGUUUGUUUGUUUGGUUGGUUAGGUUUUCUUGUGUUUUAUGUUUUUGAGACAGGGUCUCACUGUGUGGCCUCAGCUGGUCUGCAGCUUACUGUGUAAGCCAAGCUGGCCUUGAAUUUACAGAGACCCAUCUCCCUUUCCCUCUGCCUCUCCUAAGUGCUGCGAUUGACAUCGUCACAACGUCCUGCCUAGUAUGAGACAGGGUCUUAUGGUGCCAAGGCUAACCUUGACUCCUGGUCCUCCUGCCUCCCCUGUAUCACAUUCUUCAUUCUUGGACUUUCAGGCACAACCAGCUCCUUUCUGAAUUGCCUCAAGGCGAACUCAGGUACCAUCCAGGUGCCAGGCCUGAUAAACAAUGGCGCUCCCCAUACUUGGAAAAUCCCCAAGGAUUUAUUUCCUAGGAACUAAAACCAAAACCCAGACAGGACACGUCCCGUGCUAGCCAGCAGUGAUGAACUAGGAUGAGGUCAGGGCCUGCCAGUACGUUCACCGAAUUAACACCUGUGUAGUUGCUGCUCUGGCCAGGCCAGGCGUAGUUCUGGGUGCAAGGACUUUGCAGGGUGGACACAGCCACCGAAGAGGCCAAGAUAAUGGGCAAGAUAAGCAAACCGCAGGUGUGUUAAGUGGCGAUAACACAGCAGGGUGAGUCUGAUGCUGCAAGGGUUGCCACUUGGAAAGGGAUGUCAUGAAGCCUUUGCCUUGUGUGUGUAAGCGAAGCUGUGGGGGAGGGCACAGGUACCUGGAGAGAAGGGUGUUUCAUAGCUAGCGCAAAGGCCCUGGGGCAAGAGUAUGCCCACCUCAGACACACCAAGGAUGGCUAGGUUGGAAAGGAACAAAGCAUGAGGUUAGAAGGGGGAAGGGUCUAGGUAAGCACAGGGUCACACUACAGCUCUACGUGGCCACUUUUUGGAGGGGUCAGGCAGGGCUAUAAAUUGAGUAAAGGGCCUUGAGCAUGCUAGGCAAGUGCUCCCGCCACGGAUUCGCUAGUGGAUUCUGAGCAGCUGCUCUCCAGCUGAGCUGUGUGCCUGUCCUUUGUACUUUUUGAGACAGGGUCUUAGUGAAUUGCUCAGGCCAGCAUUGAACCAAGGCCAGCCUCCUGUCUCAGGCUCCUUGGUAACUGGGGUGACAGAUCUGGACCACCCGUCUUUGCUGGAAGACUCGACUUUGAUCCCGCAUGAAUCAGGAGCCCAGACCGGAGGGACUCACCUGACAGGUUCACAAGUCUUCAUCCCUGGGAGCAGAUGGGGGCUAGGAAGAAGGGAACUCAGAAAGGAGGCCGCUGUGACGGUCCUUAAGGGAGAUGGUGAAGGCAAGGCCAGUAUGGUGGCAGCUGAAGUGACUGGCACUGGUCAGUUCUACAUACACUUCGAAGGUGGAAGGCUUCGUUGCCCCCUGUCGCUGUCCGUGAGCGGGCUGCGCCACUUGUCACCACUAGGCGGCGCGUCCCACGUCCCGCCAGGGCACGAACGCAGCCCUGGCACUGUCUACCCCAAAGCUUCCUUUCACUUUCGGGUCUUUAGCUGUCACCCAGCGCGGUCUUUCCACACCCAGCUGGGCAAGCCUGACCCUGCCAUAGGCAUGAGGGGUCCCCGGCAGAGAUGACAGUGCUGGCACCAGCCUGGAGCCCAAAUGUGAGUAUGUAUACCUGAGGGGUGAUGGAGAAGGGAGAUGGGCAGGGGAUGGAGGCAUGAGGAGAUAGACACAGGACAGCAUCAGAAGAAGAGAGAGGACGGGACGAUGCAGGAUGAGAUGAGGAAAGAUGGACACAGGUUUGUCACACCAGUCAAGGUGCAGGACAGGCAGAUUCACUCAGUUAAGGAAGGAAGCAGGAUACAGGGAGCCCCUGAAUGGAAGUCAGGCGCCGACAGCACCAUCCUGUAGUCCUGCUGCUGCUGCUGCUGCUGCUGCUGCUGCUGCUGCUGCUGCUGCUGCUGCUGAGCCCUUGCCUGAGGGACACCUGUUACUUCAGCCACAGUCCCAUCUCUACCAGCUUCCACAGGAAGAUCAACAAGCUGACUGACCACCUGCUUAAAGAUUACCCAGUCACUGUGGCCAUCAGUCUUCAGGAUGAGAAACACUGCAAGGCCUUGUGGAGCCUCUUCCUGGCCCAGCGCUGGAUGGAGCGGCUGAAGACUGUGGCAGGCCUUCUGGAGGCUGUCAACAUGGAGAUAUAUUUUGUCACUUCGUGUGCCUUCCAGACUCUGGUGAGACAUGGUGGUGACCUGCCCCUCCCAGAAUGCCUUCGAUUCAUCCAGACCAACGACUCCCACCUCCUGCAGGACACCGUCAUGCAGCUGUUGGCUCUGAAGCCCUGUUUGGGGAAGGCCUGCCGGAAUUUCUCCCGGUGCUGGAGGCGCAGUGCCAGCGGGUAACAGCCCAGAGCCUUGCUCACUGUGUCCCAGGGGCCCCCACUAGCUGAGACUUGAGACAACUUCUUUCUCCUUUUUUUUUUUUUCUCAAAAAAGAUUUUUAUGCGUAUGAGUGUUUUAUCUACAUGCCUGUAAGUACACUGAAUUUGUGUCUGUGUCUGGUACCCAAAGAGGCCAGAAGAGGGCAUCAGAUUCCCCGGAGCUGGAAUUACAGGGCCCAUGUCGGCCCUGUGAAAUGAAACCAGGUCCAAGGCAAGAGCAGCAAUGUUCUUUUCUUUCUAGUUUUUGUUUUUGUUUUGUUAUGUUUCUUUUGGUGGUUUUUUCUUUCUUUUUCCUAUUUCUUUUUCUUUUCAUUUCAUUUCUUUUCUUUUCUUUUCUUUUUUUUUUUGAGACAGGGUUUCUCUGUGUGUAGCUUUGAUUGUCCUGGAACUCACUCUAGACCAGGCUGGCCUCAAGAAACUCACAGAGAUGCCUUCCUCUGCCUCUCAAGUGCUGGGAUUAAAGGGGUGUGCCACCACUGCCCAGCUCAGCAAGUGUUCUUAACUGCUGAACCAUCUCUGUGGCCCUUUUUCUUUUCUUUUGAGAUAGGGUCUCAUUAUGUAAGCUGAACUGGCCUUGAACUCAAAGCAAUCGUCCUGCCUCAGUGUCCUGAGUGCUGGGAUUACAGGUGUGAAGCUCCCACAUCUGGCUUCAUUCCCUUCUCUUUUUCAUGUUUUUAUCGCCAUAUAUUAAUUAUCUAUAAUAAUGUGCCUCAUGACAUUUUUCUAAGUGUAUACAUUUUUAUUACAUUCAUUACAUUCUCUUGUCCCCUCCCAAUCUCACUGAUCUCCUCCCUCUUGCUUUCUUUUUCAAGCCAGUGAAGAAAGUUGACUAUAAAUGCCAUACUUGAGAAGAAUUCACUUGCCUUACCAGCAAGCAACCAUUAACUGCCAUAAAUGUUCAGGGACAGACAGGACAUUCCUUUUCUUUUCUUUUUUUUCUUUUUUUUUUUUUAUUUUCUGAGACCAGGUUUCUUUCUAUAGCCCUUGUUGUGUCCUGGACUCAGUUUGUUGUAGACCAGGCUGGCCUUGAACUCGCAGAGAUCCACCUGCCUUUGUCUCCCAAGUGCUGGGAUCACAGGUGUGCCCACUGUGCCCGACUGGGACAUUCCUUUUCAUAGCCUCAGUUUACCUAUUUUUGAGAAGGAGACAGAAUUUUAAAUCUGUUUGUCUAGGCCAGUCCUGUCCACUAGGAAGGGAAACUGAGCCACCAGUUUCCGGGUAACAAUACUAAUAGCCAGGCUCAAUAAGUUUUUCUUUUCUUUUUAAGAUUUAUUUGUUUAUUUUAUGUAUAUGAGUGCUCUGACUUCAUGUAUACCUGGAUGCCCAAGGAGGGAAUCAGAUCCCAGUUAGUUGGCUGUGAGCCACCAUGUGCUUGCUGAGAAUUGAACUCAGGACCUCUGGAAGAGCAGACAGUAUUCUUAACACUGAGUCAUCUCUCUAGCCCCCCCCCCCCUUUUUUUCUUUUGUUAUUGGCAUUUUUUUUUUUAAAGACAGGGUCUCUGUAUAUAAUCGUGCCUGCCUGUAACUUCCUAUGUAGACCAGGCUAAAAUGCCCUGGCCUCUGCCUUCUGAGUUUUGGGAUUAAAGGUGUGGGCCACCAUGCCCAGCCAGGCUCAUGCUUUUUAUUCCCAAUGUUGGUUUUUGUUUGUUUAUUUUUUGAGACAGGGUUUCUCUGUGUAAUAACCCUGGCUGUUCUGGACUUGAUUGUAGACCGUACUGGCCUUGAACCCAGAGAGAUCCACCUGCCUCUUUCUUCCAAGUGCUAGGAUUUUGCUUUAUUUUUUAAAAAAGAUUUAUUUUUUAUUUAUCACAUAUACAGUGUUCUGCCUGCAUGCCAGCAGAGGGCACCAGAUCUCAUUAUAGAUGGUUGUGAGCCACCAUGUGGUCACUGAGAAUAGAACUCAGGACCUUUGGGAGAGCAGCCUGUGCUCCUAACCUCUGAGCAGUCUCUCCAGCCCCCAAAUGCUAAGAUUAAAGGCAUGUGCCACUUCUCCCAGUUGUUGGUUUAUUUUUGAGACAGUGUUUUACUAUACAUGCCUGUCUGUCCUGGAGCUCACUAUGUAGACCAGGCUAGCCUCAAAUUCACAGAGAUCUGUCUGCUUCUGCCUCCUGAGUGCUGAAUUAUUAAAGCCUUGGGCUGCUGGGCUCAUCUUA